CUUUUUGUGUUGAUCUGAAAGGCUGCAGAUUUUUUAAUUUGUUCUAUUUUUUUAUUAAUUUGAUUAGAAUUGUGCAGUUAAACUCACUACUUAUAAAUGAAGGAAAUGAAUCUUAAAUAUUUCAUCUUUUAUUCAAUAUUCUGGUCCAUAAACCAAACUAAAUGUCAAGUGGCAAAAUGUGAUUACAGUUAUCAAAAUUACUGGUCUACGGGCUAUAAAACUACAAAUACUUCUUAUUAUACUUGUUAUUUGGACACACGGCAAGCAAAUUAUAAUGAAAAGCUGAUACAAAUUGACGGAAAACAUGAAAUUGGACACAGUGAUGAUGACGUAAAGUGGAUUGGUAACAACAAACUGAAGACAUUUUCAUCAAUUAUCUGCCAAAAGUUUCCAAAUCUUAAAGUUGUUCAAAUAACCGACGCAGAACUGGAUUCAAUUGAGGAAGAUUCGUUGUUCAAUUGCAAUAAUUUGGAUCAUUUAUUAAUGCAUAAGAAUAAAAUUCGAGAACUUCCUGAAUAUAUCCUUAUAAAAAAUUCAAAGCUGACAUUAUUAAGACUUUACAGCAAUCAACUGACAACGGUGCCUGAAAAUUUCCUUUUAUACCAAAAGAAUCUUGAAGAUUUAGACUUGAAUGACAAUCAAAUUGAGUUUUUGCCUGGCAACAUUUUUCGAUCACUUCAGAAACUUGAACUGCUGUAUUUGUACAAAAAUAAGCUUCGUUCAAUAAAUCCAGAAUGGUUUGUAAACCUGCAGAAUUUAAAGUGGUUACGCCUUGAUGGAAAUCAAAUUUCUGACAUUCCGUCAAAAUGUUUUGCAGCACUGAGAAAUUUGGAAAAAUUGUGGAUUUACGAAAACAGAAUAAAAAGUUUAAAAUCAGACAAUUUUGAUGGUCUUCAGAACUUGAAUAUAUUAAAUUUGAAUGAUAAUGAAAUUUUCGAUCUUCCAGUCGAUGUUUUUGCUUCAUUAAAAAGCCUCGAUGGAUUAAGUUUAAACAACAAUAAGCUAACAACAAUUCACUCAGACUCUUUCAAAUCAGUUCACAAUAAAUUCACAAGCAUUUAUGUAGGAGACAAUUUAAUUAAUGCAAUCGAUGAAAAGUUGAUAGAUGACAUCAGCACUUUGUUCCAUUUUAACAUGACAAACAACAUUUGCAGUCAACUUUAUUUAAAAACUAGAAAUCAACUAAAAUCGAUGCUUAAAGAAUGUUUUAAUAAUUAUCAGCCUCGACAUCAGCAUCAAUCUCAAAUUAGUCGUCCUUUUCACCAUCAACUUAUAGCGUCAACUUCAAAUAUUUGCGGCAGAUCAUCGACAGGUCAAGGUAAUAUAAUUGGUGGAUCGACCAUCUCCCGAGGAAGCUUUCCAUGGAUAACGGCAUUGGUUAAACCAACAGGAGACUUCUUUUGUGGUGGAACACUCGUGUCAAAUCGGAAAGUUCUGACAGCUGCACAUUGCAUCCAAGACAAGCACACAACGACAGCAACAACAGCAAGUGAAAUUAUAGUCCAACUCGGUGUUUAUGAUCUCAAAAGAACCAUCGAAAUUGGCAGAAUUCCAUAUGCUGUCGAGACAGUCAACGUUCAUUCAAGCUGGAAUACAUUAAGUGAGCCUUACGAUUAUGAUAUUGCUGUGCUGGUCCUCGACACUGAAGUAACUUUUAACAAAUUUAUUCAACCCAUUUGUAUGCCAAACUUAAAUAUCGUAUCUAUAAAAACUGGCAUUGUCGUUGGAUUUGGCAAAAGUGAAGACACAACAAAAGUGCACGAAAACAUUCCAAAAAUGCUCGAGACACCAAUUCACAGUAAUGAGGACUGCUUUUUCCAUGAAUACCGUUUGGUGAAACUGUCAAGCAAGCGAACGUUUUGUGGAGGAACUGGAACUGGCAUAGGAGUUUGUCGAGGUGACAGUGGUGGUGGAUUAAUCGUUAAUGAUGGCGGUGCUUACUAUCUACGUGGAAUUGUAUCUUCUUCGCUGAUUGGAGGACCACAUGGAUGUGAUGUUGACACUUAUUCUGUAUACACAGAUGUGACCAAAUACAUCGAUUGGAUUAAUGGAAUCUCAACAAGUCGAUUUUAAAUACUCAUUAAGAUUUAAGUGAUGGAUUUAAGGGAUAACUUGGUGAUGGAUUUUGUUAUUAAAUCAUUAAAAUUAAGUUAAGGUGGAGGAUUUGAUCUUUUCAUCAGUUCUGCACAUUUGACUUUAGCUUAAAUUCACAAACUUAUUAGGCGUACCUUAAAAAUUAUCUUACUCUAAACCAGUGUUGUUCAACCUAUUUUGAGCCAAGGCAUACCUUAGAGGUGGGCCAUUACAAAAGUCGCAUACAGCAUGCGGCUCGCGUCAUUUACAAAAAAAUUCUACGGCACAUCAGUGCUACGCGGCACACAGUUUGGACAACACUGCUUAAAACCAAAAUCAAGAACACAAAACACUACGAAAUUGAAAAAAAAAUCAACAUAAUUUAAAAAUUCUCCUCAAUUUUAUAUGCUCUCGAUUGUUCCUUCCUCAUUGUUACACUUGACAAACACUGCAUUUUUUAUUAUUUUUAAUAAAGUUCUCCGUUUCUCAUUAUUAUUGUAAUUAUUAUGAUUAUUUUUCGACAAGGCCUGUCAUUGUUGUUAAACUGAUACGGCUACUAAUGAUUUGUGCAUUAAUGGGUUUCUCUUUACGGGUGUUUAGAGUGAGGAUGUGGGAUGUUGAGGAAGAGGUUAAGUUUGAAAUUUUAUAAAGUAAAUUAGAGCGCAUUUUUCAGAAUAUUUCUUUAAACUUUUGAAGGUUAGUUUAAUUUUAUUUUAUGUUUUCAAUAGUAAAACUUUUAAAAAAAUUUUUGCACUUUUUAAUUUAUUUUUACUUUUUGACAUUUUUCAAAUUUUUAAACUUUUUUAAAUUUUUU